UAUCAAAAAAUAAAUAUCUAAACGUACGUGAUUUACAUAUGAUUUUAGACCCAUGUUUUAGACGAACAAUUACAAGUUGUCAGUGAUAAAAUGUUAGUUAAAACAUUCUUUAUCUUGGCUUUUCUAAUAACUCAUGGAACGAGUGGAUUAACUCAACCCGGAUGGAUUCAGUUUCAACAAUUAUUCUGGAAAACUCUUGACAGUGAGUUUUCGUCCGAGCUAAUCCAUGCUUGGAUAGAGCUGCUAGCAAGCUGGCUGAUGGAUCAAAACUGUAAACUAGCAAACCAGGCUAAACAACUAGCAAGUGCAGAGGAAUUUGGAAGUUCUCAAGAGUAUGCCGAAGCCAUGUUUAUCUCUCUAUAUGGUGACCCUGAGGAAGAAGAACAGAGAAUAGUUCGGAGAGAGUCCAAAGAAAAGAGCAAAGUUGGAUUGCUUGGAGUCAUCUGGGAGUUUAUACAGAUGGAGUACUUUUUGUACUUCUACAGAUAUAAGGAUGGUUUGCGUAAAAAGCGUAAUGUUUCUGCUUCAGUUGCUGGUCUCAUUUCAACAACAGACUUCCAACUUGCUCAGUCAAUUCAUAUUGAUACCAAAGGUAAUGAGGAUACCAUAGGCUAUGAUGAUGUUCUAGCCGAUGAGGAGGAGCCACGCUAUGAUGCAUAUUUAGCGGAUAUUGCAUAUUUUUUCCCAGUUAUAGAUUUCACCUUUCCCUUUGAUGGAUCCUUCCACUUCCUGCAGACACAGUAUAGUGUUUAUGAUCUGUGGUACCGCCACGCCAACACAACCAACCAGCAGGCAGAACCGGUUCAAGCCCCGCCACCUGUUAAUGACAACAAUACCAAUAGAAGAAGACGACCCUUUUAUGUCUGAUCUCAAUUUAUUAAA